GAGAGCAUUGUAAAUUUGUACUCCUUAAUUAGUUAAUUACUCGUAGUUAAUUACAGUUUCAUAUACUUCCAACUUCCAAGUACUCCGUACUUCCUUAACCACCCAUUGAAACCUCCAUUUAUCCGAUACGCGGCGGCGUCAACGGCAAACCACCCGCUUCGUCAACACAGCACUUUAUUUUUCCGAUACGCGGCGGCGUCAACGGAAAAACCACCAGUUUCGUCAACGCAGCAGUUCGUUCUUUGAGCUUAAAUCAAUGGCCAUAAACAUGGACACAGAGCAGCAGCCAAUAAUUGGUGAAAAUUCUCCACAGGCCAUGCAAAUUGAUCCAAAGAGAGCUCGAUUUCCUUUCUGUAUUGUAUGGACACCUCUUCCUGUUCUUUCAUGGUUGAUUCCUUUUAUUGGUCAUAUUGGCAUAUGCAGAGAGGAUGGCGUAAUUUUGGACUUUGCUGGCCCCAACUUUGUAUGUGUUGACAACUUUGCCUUCGGCUCAGUGACUCGAUACUUGCAAAUAGAUGCAAAGCUAUGCCGUGCCAUAUCUUUCUUGGCUUCCUGUAGAAACGGAGACCAACACAAUCAAAACGGAUCUGAAUUGGACAUAUUAACUUGGGAUGAUGCGAUUCGGAAAAGCACCCUAGAAUUCCAACACCAUUCCUACAGUCUUUUUACUUGCAACUGUCACUCCUUUGUGGCAAACAAUCUUAACCGCUUGGGCUUCAACGGUGGCAGGUGGAAUGUGGUUAGUCUCGCGGUAUUAAUCCUCGUUAAAGGCCGGUGGGUCGACAAAGCUUCCAUCGUAAAGUCUCUUCUACCCUUUCUGAUAGUAUUUCCUCUAGGUCUUGUUAUUGGAGGUUGGACUUUCUUGAAGUUUUGGGCUAUGUUUAUUGUUCUUUUAGUUGGUUGGUUUUUUAUUGGUUCAUAUUGUUUCAAGGUUUUAAUCCAGUUGUGAAACGAAUUUCUUGUAUUGUUUUAUUUGAAGAAUUUUGUCAGAUCUUAUAAUUGUUUAUCUUUAACAUAAUAUGCACAGAAACGAA